AGUGCUCUGGGGGCGACGGCCGCGGCCUGCAGAGGCGGCAGGGACGGUGGCCGCGGUUGGCGCGGCGCGUCCGCACGGGGCUGGGCACCGCGCGGCUACGCAGCUGACAGGAAGCCGCCCGGGAGAGCCGCGUUGGGGCCUAGCGUUAUUUGCUUUUUCCUCUUUUUUUCCUCCCUUCACGACUGUCGUCUCGCGCUCCUCCUCAGCGGGAGCCGCCGCGACGCCCCCUCGCGGGCCGCGGGGCCUGAUAGGCGCCGCCCGCGGGAACCUGGAGCUGCCGCCAGGCCUGGGCGGCCGCCGGGGCCUGAAGCCUGGGCGUUCGGCGCGGCGCUGCGGCGGUCACUCCAACCCGCGCUGGGCGCGCCGGGCCCCGGGCCUGGCCCAGCCGAGUACCGCGCCCUCUGGACCACUCAGUCCGGCCCCAACCGCCCUCCGCUGGCCCGCAGUCCCUCGGAGCUGCCUCCCGGUCACCCCAGGUGGGCUCUUGCCCUCUUCCAGCCGUCCGCAGCUCGAUGGGUGGGGUGCGUUUGAACGUCCCCCCUUCUCCCUUUCUCAGCUCCUGACCGCAAGGCCAGAGCCGGGGCUCUCAGUCGCACGCACGCCGCGAUCCACCUGCCUCCCCGCGGGGAUGGCCCGCCGGUGACCGCCGCGCGCCCUCGCUGCCCUCGCCCAGGCUGCGCUCUGUCGCCCCGCACUCGAUCCCCUUCCCUUGUCCACGGCGUCCCGGCUCCUGGCGACGCCAAGAGGGCGAAGAUGUGGCUGAAGCUGUUUUUCUUGCUCCUGUAUUUCCUGGUCCUGUUCGUCCUGGCCAGGUUUUUUGAGGCCAUUGUGUGGUACGAGACUGGCAUCUUUGCUACUCAGCUGGUGGAUCCGGUGGCAUUGAGCUUCAAGAAGCUGAAGACCAUUCUGGAGUGUCGAGGGCUGGGCUACUCCGGGCUGCCGGAGAAGAAAGAUGUUCGGGAGCUGGUGGAGAAGUCAGGUGACUUGAUGGAAGGUGAACUCUAUUCUGCUCUUAAGGAAGAAGAGGCAUCUGAGUCUGUUUCUAGUACCAAUUUCAGUGGUGAAAUGCAUUUCUAUGAGCUUGUGGAAGACACAAAAGAUGGCAUCUGGCUGGUUCAGGUCAUAGCAAAUGACAGAAGUCCUUUGGUGGGUAAAAUCCACUGGGAGAAAAUGGUGAAAAAAGUGUCAAGAUUUGGAAUACGGACAGGCACUUUCAACUGUUCCAGUGAUCCCAGAGGUGACAAAUGUGAUAUCAAGAACUUGCUGGGGACCAAAAGGAGUAGAGUCACUGACCUUGUCCAUAAAUGUACACAGAAAUUUAAAGACGACUACAGUGAACUUGCUUGUUCUGGCACAGUUGCCAAGUAUUGGUCUCUCUUUGGUUACUUGAAGAUUAUCUGGUCUGAGAGAAGAGGGUUUUAAAAGGGCCCUAAAGAAAACUAGUAGAACGUAAGUUGUUCAACAGCCUCGCUGUUCAUUCAGUUCACUCUCUUACAGGUACUGCAGAAGGAGAGGCUGGGUGCGUUCCACACUCAUCAUGUCUGUGCCACAAACAAGUACAUCUAAAGGGAAAGUCAUGCUUAAAGAGUACAGUGGACGCAAGAUUGAAGUAGAGCACAUUUUUAAGUGGAUAACUGCCCAUGCAGCUUCUCGGAUCAAAACUAUAUAUAAUGUGGAGCAUUUGAAGGAAGAAUGGAAUAAAAGUGAUCAAUACUGGGUAAAAAUAUACCUAUUUGCAAACCUUGACCAACCGCCAGCUUUCUUCUCUGCAUUAAGUAUAAAAUUUACUGGAAGAGUUGAGUUUAUUUUUGUUAAUGUGGAAAAUUGGAACAACAAGAGUUAUAUGACAGAUAUUGGUAUUUAUAACAUGCCAUCAUACAUACUUAGAACUCCUGAAGGAAUUUAUAGAUACGGAAACCACACAGGUGAAUUUAUAUCCCUUCAGGCCAUGGAUUCAUUUCUGCGCUCAUUACAACCUGAAGUAAAUGAUCUGUUUGUUUUGAGUUUGGUUCUAGUUAAUCUUAUGGCUUGGAUGGACUUAUUUAUUACACAAGGAGCAACCAUCAAGCGAUUUGUGGUUCUCAUAAGCACUUUAGGGACAUACAAUUCCCUAUUAAUUAUUUCUUGGCUACCUGUGUUGGGCUUUCUACAGCUCCCUUACUUAGAUAGCUUUUAUGACUAUAGUUUAAGAUUGCUGCGGUAUUCUAAUACAACCACACUGGCUUCGUGGGUAAGGGCAGACUGGAUGUUUUACACUUCACACCCAGCCCUGUUUCUCAGUACAUACCUUGGACAUGGUUUGCUAAUUGAUUACUUUGAGAAGAAGAGACGUCGCAGCAACAAUGAUGAAGUUAAUGCGAAUAAUUUAGAAUGGUUAUCAAGUCUGUGGGACUGGUACACCAGCUACCUCUUCCACCCGAUUGCUUCUUUUCAGAACUUUCCUGUAGACUCUGAUUGGGACGAAGACCCUGACUUAUUCUUGGAACGGUUAGCUUUCCCUGACCUUUGGCUUCACCCUCUGAUACCAACUGAUUAUAUUAAAAACUUACCAAUGUGGCGAUUUAAAUGUCUUGGGGUUCAGUCUGAAGAAGAAAUGUCAGAGAGUUCUCAAGACACUGAAAAUGACUCGGAUAGUGACAACAUGGACACUUUUAGUAGUAGUAAGGAUAUAUUUGAAGAUAAACAAAGCGUUGUUCACAGUUCUCCAGGAAGAACAAGUCACUGUGAUACUGAGGCUUGUUCAUGUGCCAAUAAAUGUGAGAGCAGCCCAUGUGAAAGGAAGAGGAGGUCGUAUGGAUCACAUAAUACUGAUGAAGAUAUGGAACCGGACUGGUUAACUUGGCCUGCGGGUACGCUGCACUGUACUGAAUGUGUUGUUUGCCUUGAGAAUUUUGAAAAUGGAUGUUUGCUAAUGGGGUUGCCUUGUGGUCACGUGUUUCACCAGAAUUGCAUUGUUAUGUGGUUGGCUGGGGGCCGACACUGUUGCCCUGUUUGUCGUUGGCCUUCAUAUAAGAAAAAGCAGCCAUAUGCACAACAACAGCCGUUGUCAAAUGAUGUUCCAUCUUAACCAUGUGCAAUGUGUCCUUAAUAAGCUUUGAGUAUCUUACAGCUUGCCUUUUUAAUGUUAGUCACAAUGUUUUUGUGGUUUGAAGUUUAGUUUAAUGUUAGUGCAGUGACAGGAAAUACACAUUAUGCUGAUGUUGAUGACAGAAUUUAUUUGGUUGCCUUGUGUGUCAAUUGAAUGCAUACUAAACUGUAAAAAAAAUUUAUUUACAGCAUUGAAAAUUCAGAAGUUAAUGGUUUUUUGUAAGCACAAAAGAAGUAUGGUAGAAAUUAAUCUUAACAAGACUUUAUGAGGCAGGAUCAAAUCCUAGUGGGCCUGAGCAGGUUUCUUACCCUAAGUGUUUUCUCCCUUUUUACAAUCUCUGUCCAGCACCUCUUGGUUAAAUAAUGUAUGCUCUGAGACAUGAAAUUAAAACAGAUCUAUAAAAUAAAUUAUUUUAAAAGCA